GGUAUUUUUUAGCGCAUUCUGGCCACCCUCAUACACAUAACAAAAGACAGGAAACAAAUUUAAAUUAAUACAGAAUUUGCGAAUAUUUUCCUGUCAUUAAAGAACAAUAAGAGGCCCAGACCCCCCGAGCGAACCCGCCAGAAGCAAAGCACAAUGGUGACCCCCCAAUCGCCCACACCUAUGUUCAAUGGGCUGGAUGACGAUCUCUAUAACGAGGCCAAAUUCGCACAGGAAAUCAACGACAAAAUGCGCGUACCCAAGCGCAUCAAGGCUACGGGCGAGUACUCUGACGAAGAUCUACUGCUGUCCAACCAGAGCGGAAAUCAGUUCAUCAGCUCAUGGAACUAUCACGACAAGAUCGACAUGAAUGUGUCCGACCGCAUUGUGGUGCUCGGGCACAAUCAGCAUCUGGAAACGCGCUCGGCACCGCGCGAAAUACAGCUGGAGAACUCCAUUCUACCCAAGAAUCCCUCGGCGAGCUAUGCACGCGUCCAGACGCCGCCGCGCGUCAUCACACUCACCGACCAUCCUUUCCCAUCGGCCUCCGAGGAGAGUUCCCCCAUCAUGGCCAACGGCCAUCACCUGUAUGGGCAGGAUCAGGACUAUGACGAGGACGAGCAGGGGAAUGCCACUCAAUACGUGCGCGCCAAUGGCACAGUCCGCAUGGGCUUCCACACCAACGAUGCCAACUCUGUGGAGUCCGAUUCGCAGGUAAGCAAUUCGGAGGCGAAGGUAGCGUAAAAGAGAAUUGAAGUACUAGCCCCGCGCGCCCGUACCAUGAAGCGUCAAACGAAAAUUGAAAAAGCAUUUGUUCCUCAUGCGACAUCUUGGUAUUGUAUAGUCUUUGGUUUAACUAAGCUUAUUUAAGUGUUAAGUGUCUGUCGGUUGUACGUUGGUGAGAAUAAAAUCAAAUUUUGUACUAAAAUCAA